CUUGCCAGUGUCAAAACACACUGAAAAAUUUUUCUACAUUUUUAUAGAACCUCCUUCUGCAUGUGGAAAUUUCUUUUUUACAUUUCCAUGAUUCUAGUCGACAACAGUGGAACGGCUGAAGAAUGUGCUGGUUGCGAUGAAGAUAAGUUAGUUUCAUAUCUGGCAAAUCUCGAGGUACUCAGUCCGGAAAGCAUCUUUAGUUUGUCAAUUGAUGACAUCGAUCUUUUGUGCAAGAAACUUGAGGAAAAUCUGAAGCCAAUAGACCAAUACCUGAAAUCGUGCAGAAACCCAGACGAAAAGGAUCUUUACAUAUCGCUCAUUAGAGGCGUCAAAGUUUUGAACGACAAGCUUUGCUGCACGGACACAGACUUUUACAAAAGAUUCAGUAUAUUCCACCCAUGCUUGGCAGAGUUGAAGAACGAUUUUGAAAGCUGUAAUGGUCCAGCUGACUGGAUUGAAGAACAGGAUGAGAGAGUCUGCAGAACCUACAAAAGUAUAGUUGACUGUUAUUACAUAAAAGCUGCGAAAGUUUGCGGAAAGGAGGCUGCAAAAGCCAUUACAGAACUGAUAGAGGAUGUCAUUAAUAGUAUCAUAAAUGCAAAAUGUACGGGAAUUAAAUCUUUGCCUGUGGUAAGAGAUGCUAUGCCUGAAAAAUAUAUAAGAAGAAAUAGUGCAGAGAAAGAAUGUUUGAACACAUGGAAGACAAUCACGAUAGUACUAUUACAUAUUUCUUACAUUGUACACUGCUAUAUUCUUAAGUAAUUGUAUGUUAACGAUCAAAUAAAUUUAUCGUCAAAUGUU